AGUGUGGUAAGAUUUGUUACCCAAUGUUUCUCCUCAAUAAUUUCUUGCUGAGUGAAUAUCCCGGACUACAACACCCAGAAGCCCUCGCGCUCCCUUUACCUCCCCCAACCCCCGCGCGGUCUCAGCUAUGAUUCCCAAAGGUUUCUGGGAAGGGCAGGCUGAUACUCAAGGAAGGACUACGAAUCCCAGCAAGCAGUUCGCGACACGAGAGCGCAGAAGGAGGAGGAGCUCGGAGCCGUCGGGCCCUGCGGAACCAGGCAGGGCAGCAACCGGCUAGACGGCCAUGGGGAAGCACUACUUCUGUGACUACUGCAGCCGCUCCUUCCAGGACAACCUCCACAACCGCAAGAAGCACCUGAAUGGGCUGCAGCACCUCAAGGCCAAGAAGGUCUGGUAUGACAUGUUUCGAGAUGCAGCUGCCAUCUUGCUAGAUGAACAGAACAAGAGGCCGUGCAGGAAGUUUCUACUGACAGGCCAGUGUGACUUCGGCUCCAACUGCAGAUUUUCCCACAUGUCAGAGAGAGACCUCCAGGAGCUAAGCAUCCAGGUGGAGGAGGAGAGGCGGGCCAGGGAGUGGCCACUAGAUGUUGUCGAGCUCCCUGAGGGCCAUCUGGAAGACUGGUUGGAAAAGAGAGCCAAGCGGCUGAGCUCAGCUCCAAGCAGCAGACAUUCACUGAGUGGCCUCCCUGCGCCAGGCCUGGCUCUGGCUCCUGGGGGACAGAUGGACAUCACCCCUAACCCCUGGUCUCUUCCAUGUGAGAGCUCCAGUCCCAUAGGGGAGACGCAAGCUCUUGGGGCCGAACCCAUGAGAACCACCAUCUUCCAGUAUCCCAUAGGCUGGCCACCAGUCCAGGAGCUGCCUCCAUCCCUGCGGGCACCCCCACCCGGGGGGUGGCCCCUGCAGCCCAGUGUCCAGUGGGGCUGAACCCCUCAUCCCCACCUGACCCCCAUCUGGUCAGCCUUCGUGUCAGUCACAGUAAAGAUACCGGCUCUUACUGGGGACGCCGAGGCCCCCGCCUGCUGCCUCCUGGAGAGCUUCUGAAGCCGUCGGCUCAGCCUGGCUGGACGGAGGCGCCAGAACCGCCCUACCAGGUGCAGCCCUGAUCCUAGCUCUACUCCAGGCAGCUCCACCCUCCCGCCCUCAUGGGACAUCCUGAGAAGAUGGGUGAGAAAACUGCCUUCUGGAUGUUUAUAAAGAAAGUCUGUCACCA